AUGGCGGCGCUCGCGUUGCGAGCGGCUCUGUGCGUGGCGGGCGCGGCGCUGUCGCUGUACGCGCUGCACGUAGAACACGAGGCCGCGCGGGACCCGUCGUACCGAGCCGCCUGCGAUCUGGCACCGUCCGUGUCUUGUACUCGCGUGUUCUCCUCCCGGUGGGGGCGUGGCCUGGGCCUGGUGGAGCCGGUGCUGGGCAAGGACAGCGCCGUGAACGUCCCGAACGGUGCCAUCGGGCUGCUGUUCUACCUGCUGCAAGGGCUGCUGGGUGUGUCCCGUUCCGGGGUGGCCUCGGCCGCGCUCCUGGCGACCUCGGCGGCCUCGGCGCUGGCGUCGCUCUGGCUCGCGGCCGUCCUGAUCUUCGGCCUCGGGGACCUGUGCCUCGUCUGCCUCAGCACCUACGGCCUCAACCUGGCCCUGCUGGGGCUCAACCUGCGCCGCUGGAGACGCCCCAAGAGGGACUGAGAGGCGCCCGAAAUCCGGUAGGGGGCGCCAUUUUCCCGCUACUUCCCCUCUUCUCCCCUCAGGAUCCAGCGCAUGCGUGG